AUGUCCUCCACCAGCGUCCAUACAGAAGCAUGGCAGCCUCAAGAAUUACAUCACUCCCAUCAUCUCUCCCACCAUAACGAACAAGAACAAGAAGCCAUCUUCUUGAUCGACGUUUAUGUCCAAACCCCCGACGGCAACAUUACCUGGUCUCAGUUUCCAGUCCUCAAGAACCAUCUUCUUCUUCACUCAACCUCCUGGUCUGCAGUUGCUAAUCUUCUCGUCCACACUAAUACCCCCAUGGAUGCUUACGCCCACGUCAUAUCAAAGAUUAUCACCUGCGCACGUUCGCUCGCCGCUCGAGAUUGGAACGUUCACAGCAUGAUUAUUCCCAUGGUUGUGUCUCUUCGGGUGGAUCAACGGGAUGAUUCAUGGCAGGCGCAUCACGCACUGGAGAAAGUUGUUGUUGAAUGGUGUUUAGCAGGUGAGUGUCCGAUAUGUUUGGAAGAGAUUGUGGUAGGAUCAGAAGCUGCUCGCACACGUUGCCGCCAUGUUUAUCAUGAAGACUGCAUCAGAACAUGGCUUCGUAGAUCCAGUGUCUGCCCUUUAUGUCGAUCUGCUUUUUCUUAG